AUGGCUUUCACCGCGUCCGAUAUCUGCAAGGUAUGUGCUCUUGUCUUUGCCAUCCUCCUUCCACCUGUUGGUGUUUUCCUCGAGCGUGGUUGCGGAGCUGAUUUGCUGAUUAACAUUCUUCUGACAAUCCUGGGUUACAUUCCCGGAAUCAUUCACGCGCUCUACAUCAUCCUCAAGUACUAA